AUGGGCACGUACAAAGCGGAAACGUCAAACAGGGAGGAAGGAUGCAAGCCAGAAAAAUUGACCAAACUGAUGCACGAACUGGGGGGCAAAAAGGCAGAAGCGAGAGGCACGAGUGAUUUAGCGACAGGAAAGGACAGCGCGGUAGGAAGCAAAAAGGAGUUUAUGGAGAGAGGGAAUGCCUCGGAGGUGACCCCUAAGGGAUUAGCGAGAAGCCGCGGCGUUCCCCAAAAUAGCCCAGCGGGCUUCUCGCCCAAUUCUGCGCCAAGGUCGACACCAAAAUUGGCCUCAAAAUUGGCCGCAAAUUUGACGCCCAAAUUGACCUCAAAAUUGGCGCCCAAAUUGGGCUCACAAUUGACGCCCACUGCCGCGCCCAUUGUUGCACCGCGAAAUGGCCCCGCGUGGAACCGCGGCAAGUUCGCCUCUCUAAGGAAGGUGUCCCCAUGGACGCUCCACGGACACAAAAGCAAAACGAACCUCCCAUCAGUGCAUCCGAAGGGGAGUGAAGAAAAACGAAAAAGAAACCCAUAUGAGACAUCACGGGAAAAAAAAAUGACAAUUUUGGCCAAGAGGAUCCGGUGCUUGACCUCCUUCGAAAGUGGUACUGAGAGCAGCGGAGGGGCAGAUGCCGCCAAUCCGAAGGGUUGUGCCAGUGACGGUGGAGGAAAUGUAGUAGAACCGAGGUGUAGCAUCAAAGAAGAGGGAACAGAUGCUAUCGAUGCCAUUUCUAGCCCUACGAACCAAGUGCACGAGCAGCAGGACACUCUACUUCUUCUUCUGACGAGGGACUUCCGUGUGAAUGACAACUGGGCAUUGACAUACGCACAGGAGAUGGCCAAAAAGAAGGGGUACACCCUCAUCGCAUGCACAUGUCUGAAUAGGAAAGAAAAAGUAACGAACCGAUUUAUUUACACAAAGUUGAAAGUCUUAAAAAACCUAGAGAAUGCACUGAAGCAAAUUAACAUCCCCUUUUACAUUUUACCUUUGUACAUGAUUGACGAAUUUAGUGAGUUCAUAAAAACACAUCACGUAAAAGUAAUCACGUGUGACCUGCAUGUGUUGCACGAUGAGAAAGCAUUCAUUAAAUCGCUAACUCAUUUGUGUAACAAGAGGAAGGUUAAAAUGGUCCAAGUGGAUUCACACAAUGUUGUCCCCAUGUGGGUCACUUCCAAGGUCGAGGAAUGCUCAGUGAGGACCAUCAAGCCAAAGAUACAGGCCCUCCUACCAACCUUCCUAAUUGAGUAUGUGUCGGUAGAACCUUUUGAGCAAAAUUUGAAAUUCCCUGACCCAUUCGACGUGGACGAGGUGGUCAGCAAGCUCACCGUGUCUAACACUUGUGCAGUGGUCCCCAAUUUUGUCCUCACCGAAAACAAGGCGCAGGAAUUGCUGAGCGAUUUUUGCACCAAGGCCCUGGACAAGUACAACGUCAAGAGGAACGACCCGAACAGCGACGCCGGCAGCGUGCUGCUGCUGUACAUAAACUUGGGGGUCCUAUCUGCCCAGAGGUGCGUGCUGGAGGUGCACAAGCACGCGUACAACAACCCGUCCAUACACGCUGUGAGCGGGAAGGAGUCCUUCAGCGACGACUUCAUCAUGCGCAAGGAGUUAGCGGACAACUACUGCUACUAUAACAGAAACUAUAACAACUUCGAAGGCGGCAGGGAAUGGGCCAAGGAAAGUCUGAAAAAACACGACGCAGACAAGAGGGAAUAUUUAUACGAUUAUGAAGACUUUAAAAAUGCGAACACACAUAAUGAGAUGUGGAAUUGUUGCCAACUACAACUGAUCAAUGAAGGGGUCAUGCAUGAGUUUUUAAAAGUUUUUUGGGCCAAGAAAAUUCUGAACUGGUCAGCCAACUCGCAGACUGCUCUGAAAUAUGCCAUACAAUUAAAUGAAGAAUUGUCCAUUGAUGGCAAGACCCCCAGUGGGUAUGCUUCUAUCAUGUGGUCUAUCAUGGGAGUUCAUGAUCAGAGUUGGAACGAGAGAAAUGUGUUUGGCAAAAUUCGAUUUAUAAAUAGUAACGGGUGUAAACGUAAUUUCGAUAUGAACAUGUUCGUGUUAAAAUAUCCCAAGGGAAAGGAAAACGCUUCAAUUGUGAAGAAAAUUCCGACCAUUACUUUUGCUAGUUAUUUGAAGAAGCGGAAAAAUGGCCCCGCGACUCCACUUCAGGAACCCACACGCAAGAUGCAUAUCAAGGGGCCCGUUCGAUGA